GGUAACCAUGAAAUCAUAAUUUGGGUGAAGUUGAGUUUGUCGCCGCAACCCUAACGUGGUGGACUCCAGUGUUUAGAUCUCCUGCGCAACCUUCAAAGCAUCACUACUGAGGAGAAAGGAAACCCUACAAUGGCGCUGGUGAGAGCAUCCUUUGCUUUGUCCGUUUUGUCCUAUAGAUAUUAAUAAUCUCCGGAAAUAGAGAUCCGCCCUUCAAAAGCAAUAUAUGACCUUACUCUCCCACUGGCCGGCAGACCCCCUCCGCCCCAACCUGUCAUUCCCCGACACCCUGCGUAGGCGCGUCGAACAGGAGUUAGGCACCCCACACCCACCAGAGUCGAGUCCUCAAACACCAACGAACACCGAUGCCAAAGAAGUUGGUGUGGGGUCAAAGUUCGAUGAGGGGUACGAAAAAAGGCAAUUGAAUGCCCUUUCAAGCCUUCUCGAAGACCGAUACAAGAAGAUGGUAUACUCCCACCCUCGUUGAAGCCUCCAUGAAUCUAUAUAGGAGUGCUGAUAGCGAUGGCUGUGGCACCGUAGUACCCAAUUACAGAUCGUAUCUUGAUGCCAAAGAGUCAGCCGGAUUAUUAUAAGAAACUUUUGGACGAACUUGAUGUUGCUCCGAAAAGGUCUUGGUUGGAGGGACAGCUCAAUUCCUGGAAGGGCUGGAUCCGGUUGAGGUAG